GAGCACCCCAGUAAACCAGAUGUACCCUGGCUUUCUGAUGCCAUUUGGGUCAGUUGUUGUGAUCUAGAGGAGAUACUUCCAUGCUUUAAAGGGAUAAAAGCUGAUAUAUUAUCUUUACCAAUUACCAUCUCUUUAGGGUCUCUAGAAACCCAAAUUAACCCCUCUUCAUUGGAUGGCAAUAACACCCAGAUGUCUAAAGUACAACCUGGAAGGGAAAAUGGAACUGUGCAUGAUUCAUGGGAUGAGAGGCUGACCUUAUUUCAGAAGCUGAUUCUUGUUAAAAGCAUAAUGGAAGAAAAGGUUGUUUUUGCGAUCACAGAGUUUGUGAUUCUUAAUCUCGGAAAAAAAUUCAUUGAGAACCCACCCGUCGACCUUACUACCCUCUACCAAGACAUGUCACCCUCUACACCUUUAGUUUUUAUACUAAGUACUGGAUCAGACCCAAUGGGAGCAUUUCAAAGGUUUGCAAAAGAAAAGGGAUAUUUGGAAAGGGUACAGUCAAUAUCUCUAGGACAAGGCCAGGGACCAAUUGCAGAAGGAAUGAUAAAAGAUGGCAUGAAAAACCGGGAACUGGAUAUUCCUACAGAACUGCCAUCUGGCUGUAUCGUGGAUGUUACCUAUGGAGGAACUUAUAAAAACUUUUACAGAACCAAAUGUUUCCAUCAACGAGAAUUUCAGAUUAUUUUUAAGCUCUAUGCCAAGCAGAACCUUCCCUGUAACUGUACUCCAGAACUCUGUCAAGGUUACUAAUGAGCCUCCAAAAGGUCUCCGUGCUAAUAUCCGUCGCGCCUUUACGGAAAUUACUCCCACAUUCUUCGAAGAGCAUCUGCUUGGCAGAAAAUGGAGAAAAGUUAUUUUUGGAAUUUGCUUUUUCCACGCUAUCAUUCAGGAGAGGAAGAAGUUUGGACCACUUGGAUGGAACAUCUGUUAUGAAUUUAAUGACAGUGACAGAGAAUGUGCUCUGCUUAAUUUAAACUUGUACUGUCAGGAAGGAAAAAUACCAUGGGACGCACUUACUUAUAUAACAGGGGAGAUAAUGUAUGGAGGAAGAGUAACUGAUGCAUGGGACCAAAGAUGUUUAAGGACAAUCUUAAGGAGAUUCUUUUCUCCAGAGACCCUUGAAGACAAUUACUGUUAUUCUAGCUCAGGUAUAUAUUUCAGUCCAGAUGCUGACAGUCUGCAGUUGUAUAAAGAGUACAUAGAAAAUCUGCCCUUGACCGAUGAUCCAGAAAUAUUCGGAAUGCAUGAAAAUGCCAAUUUAGCUUUCCAGCGCAAGGAGACAAGUACCUUAAUUAACACCAUCUUGGAGGUACAGCCAAGGUCUACAGCUAGGGGGACUGGAAAGAGCAAUGAUGAAAUUGUCAGUGAACUGGCUACCUCCAUCCUCUCAAAACUUCCAGAAAAACUGGACACGGAAGCUUCAUUAGAAACAUUGUUUACUAAGGACUCCAAGGGACGCGUUAGUUCAUUGACGACCGUACUUGGACAAGAAGUAGAUCGAUUUAAUAAUCUUCUCAAAGUACUCAGAAAUUCUCUAGAGACCCUCAAUAAAGCUAUUGCUGGCUUUGUGGUCAUGUCUGAGGAAAUGGAGCAAAUAUACAAGAGUUUCCUGAACAAUCAGGUUCCCACAUUGUGGGCUAAUGCUGCAUAUCCCUCACUAAAACCCCUGGGAUCUUGGGUCAAAGACUGCUACUGAGGACCUCAUUUAUAGAUGCAUGGAUUCGCAUGGGUCAGCCAAAGUCUUUCUGGAUUUCAGGGUUCUUUUUCCCUCAGGGAUUUCUUACAGGAACACUUCAAAACCAUGCUCGAAAAUAUAACUUGCCUAUAGAUGAACUUAGUUUCCAUUACAACAUUCUUCCAUUUUAUCGAGACCAGGCAGCUGUCAUUGAGGCCAUUAAAAACAUCAAGUUUGGAGAAGAGCUGCCAAUGGAUAAACAGCUACCUACUCCUGAGGAUGGUGUGUUAGUUCAUGGGAUGUAUAUGGAUGCCAGUCGCUGGGAUGAUGAAAACAUGGUGAUUGAGGAUGCAUUGCCAAGACAAAUGAAUCCCAUGCUACCUGUAAUACACUUUGAACCAUGCCAAAACUAUCAAGCUAAUUCCAGUUUGUACCAAGCACCACUUUAUAAGACUGGAGCCAGAGCUGGGACACUUUCCACCACAGGUCAUUCCACUAAUUUUGUGGUUACUGUGCUUUUACCGUCAAAGAGACCAAGUGACUACUGGGUAUCAAAAGGAUCAGCACUACUGUGC